AUUGUAAGACGGAAUGUCAGAAUGAAAUCUUCAGCUUCAAGAUGAAAAGUGUUUUCCAAACAAAAUUUAAAACAUUACAUAUUCAAAAUCUGUCAAUUAUCGGUCUAAUCGGUAAAGGUGAGUGAAAAAAGGUUAGUGGGAAAAAUGUGAGUAAAACUUCUUCCGCUAAGAAAUGCAUGCCUCUUCUCAAUGGAAAGAAAGAUGUCAAGUAGUCAAUUAAUAUAUUGUUAUGGUCCAUUUCUUUUUUUCAAUUUAAAUUUUUACACUAUCCAAAACACGCCAAACGAAUUUUCAAUUGAUGGACCAAAUUGAAUUCCCGCCAGCGAUAAAUAAUUUAUUGAUGUCAUUUCUUCCUUUCAGCCAAUGAGAAAACGAGAGAAAAAAUAUCUUUGAUAGCGGCAUGAAUUUGUAAUAAACCACGAAGGAACUCGCCCAGUCAAGGCGAAAAGAAUUUUGAAUUCUCGCUAUCGUAUUAAAAAGUUGUCUCUUUACUACAAAGAACGUGAUGUAGCGUCGCCGAAAGACAACAUGUUUCUGUCGGAUAUUCUCAAUUGCUUCAGAGCACCACUUAGCGAGAACCAAGCUUUGGCUGUCUGUUACCAGAGCGCGAAGGAGUUGGUUGCCAUUCGUAAAGAAAGCUUCGGUGCUUUAAGACGACAAAAGAUCGACAUUGAACUGACAACAAUCGAAAUUCGUAAAGAUGGCAGCAUUUUCUUCACCAGUAUAAACGAAUCUUCUUCGGUUGAAGAAGAGUCGGCGGUACUUUUUAAUCUGGGCAGCGUGGUUUACGAGUGUCUAGAUUUCGGUAUGGAGGCGCUUGUGGAGCGGGAACUCGACGAAGAACUGGAAAAACUUAUUUUAGACAUGACAAACUGCGACCAAGGAGACGAAGGUAUUUCCCUCUCAGACGCUUAUUUGUACGAGACAACGAGCAGCCCUCGUGGACUGAUUCCGUCAAAAAAAGAACGAAACUCGGGAAAAGAUCAAGAAAUCAUUAGAGGAGAUAUCACGUUGGAAGCUGUUUUGAGUCGCUGCGUUAACCACUUGCCAAGGGAUAUUUUGGACCCUGGAGAACAUUUCCGCGCCGUUUGUCGAGCUCUUGUCAGCGAAGCCGUUGAACUUUCAACGUUUCUUCAUCAGCUUUGUAAUGGGCGUGCUCUUGUCGCUCAAACAUGGGGCCGUGGUGUAGGACCUACAAAUUGGGCGUUUUUACAGAAACUACAAGAGGCAGAAUGGGCUCAGUUGUGGCUUCAAGUCAUGAGAGAACUACGCCAAGGUGUCAGCUUACGACAUGUUGAUCAAACCAAAUUGCCUCCUGCUACAUACGAGCUAUCUCCGUACGAAAUUCUUCUCAAGGACAUUCGCUUCAAACGCUACACCCUGAAUCACGUUGCCAUCACCGCUCAAGUGAAGAAGGACGCUCAUGAUGUAAUUCUGGAGUUUAUUCGUUCACGACCACCGCUGACAAAGGCGAGCCUUCGUAAAAUGAAGCAGUGCCCAAAGAGAAGUCCAAGUCCUCGCGACAGGUUACUGAGUGAGAUCCGAUCACCACCGAAGUUAAAACCGACGCCGAUGCCAGUCUUAAAGAGCGUUAGAGAGCUAUACUUCGAGGAGAAGACCGGCAUCUCCUUCAAUGAUUCCAAUGUCACUCCUCCUAAGCGAAAGUGCCUUAAGCCAGCAAACAAGCUAACUGAACUUAUCAACCGCUGGGAUUCAUCAUCGACAGUAGAAAUCGAUAUAUCUCCGAUCAUUAGCCGAGCAGAGACCCCUCAUGUUAUCACCUCUGACGCCGAAGAUGAAUACAAUAACAACGAAACCGGUCCUCUCAGCCAAUCAGAUGACAUCGAUGGCAAAGGCAGAAGGUCGAGUAACUCAAGUGAUUCAAGCUUUCUGUCACUCGAUGACGAGGACUGUAUUAAAAACAGAAACUUCAACAGCUUUGAGAUCAUAAAUAGCAUUGAAUGUGACCCAGUUUUUCCUCCAUCACUUGACAAUCUACGCGCUGUCACAAUAACGUCCAAAAUUUACAUGACGAUGAAAGAAGUGAAACAUAUGCGCCGCACUUUGGCUCUGUUGGAACUUGGUGCCCUAGACCCUGAACAAAAGCUCUACAAGGAUCUGGCCAGUGGCAGGCUGUGCUUUUGUUGCCGUACCAGGAAAUUUUCUUUAUUUGGAAAGUGGUCACGUGUGUGUGAAAUCUGCGAAUGUAAGGUUUGUUAUUCGUGUAUUCAUGCAGUGGAUAGCGCUUCCAGUUAUAUUUUCCAGGAAGAGUUGAAUGUGAAUGAGCGAGAUUCCGGCAUCGCCGAUAUGUCUUGGCCAUUUGUGGGUUACCUUAACCUAGGAGGAGACUCGGAAGAGGGCAAAUCACACAGAAUUUGUCUGGCUUGUAAACGAUUUGUUAAUAUGCAUUGUUAAAUAUGGUAUGAAUCCAUGCUUGUGCAAAAAUAAUGUUUAGCUCGUUACCCCCAACGAGCCCGUUUAAGAAAUAAUGCUUAACCAAUAGGUUUUCACAAACACUUUCAGGGGUAGUAAUAGUGCAUCGCAACGCAGUUGUGAAAUGAGUUUGCUGAUAGCUUGCAUUUGAAGAGAGGACACUGAACUCUAUACUUGUAGAUCUUGUAAAUGUGAAAUAUAAAGCUAGAAUGAUUGACAAAUCGCGCAUCUGCUGUUCAGGAAAUAUAUGUUCGUUAAAUAAGAUAUGAAUUGUUAAGCUUUCAAUACGAUCAGAUAAGGAUCAUAAGGAAACAAGAGCUGACUUUUGUGAAUGAUGUAACAGACGAUUAGAAGCUAGGUUUGCACUUGCUUACAUUGUACAGGUGUUUGCUUGUGUUUGUGUAUUAAUUAUAACCCUUCCACUCCACGACUAAAUCAUGGAGUCCUGUAAGUUGAUCAGUUUAUUUGUGAUCUUACUGUAACCCACCCCGGCAGCCAAAUGAUAUGAAUGAUGUGUGCAAGGUAGACCACACCACCUGGGAGACGCCCCCAGUAGGGCAC